AUGAGCCAAGACACCACCGAAACCCGAACACGCACCCGCUCCAAAGCUGUCAGAGCCCCAUCAGAAGUUGUGGAGCAAGACUUAAGGCAAGAAUUAAGUAACAGCUGCCCCACUCCUGGAUGUAACGGUAAAGGUCACGUCAGCGGACGGUACUCACGACACAGAAGUGUACUGGGAUGCCCCAUGGUGAAGAAAAGGAAAAUGGAGGAGGCAGAGGAGAGUCAGUCGACUUCAAAAAGGAGAAGCCAACCACUCAAACUGGUCAUGGAUGAGGGUUUUACUGUGGACAGUGAUGUCAACAGCGAGACGGAGCAAAAAGAGGAUGAGGAAGAGGACCUCAAAGAAAAGAAAAAGAACAAAAUUAAAAGCAGGCGAGAGUUAGUGAAAGCAGAUGUCUCACUGGUGGCAACAGAUGAGACAGAAAGACCAUCUACAGCCACAGACACUCGUGAGGACAUUGUUCAAUCAGAAGACAAGUUAGAGCUCAUAAUCUCAGAGCCUUUCAGCACAGCGCCUGAGAUUGAAGGAGACACCGAGGUGGAGAACACCUGUCAGCAAGACCAAGCCAAGGAGGCUGAAAAGGAGACGCAGCAAGAGGAGGACGAGUCUAUUGCAGAACAUGGGUUACUGGAGCAGCCUGAGAGCAAUGCAGAAGGGAGAAGAAAGGAAGCAGCAAAAGAGGAGGUGGAGUGGGAGGGGGAGGAGCAAAAGGGGAAGGUUCUAGACGAGGAAAAAGCAGAGAAUAAAUUCAUGAGCCAGGAGAACUUGGACCACCAAUACUCUAGUGGGGGUCAUAACAACCAUCAGGCCAAAGAACCAGUGCAGGAACAAAGGAAGGAAGGAGGGAGGGGAGGGGUGGAAGACGAAGAGGGCCAUGAAAAAGUUGACGCCCCUCACACUUCCAGUCCUCCUCACACUCAGGGACCUGAAGCAAAUGUCUCACUCAGGGAAGACGAUGUCAGCAUCCCUAUGACUGAGGGAGAGGAGGAGGAAAAUUAUGAAGAAGAGGAUGAAGAGGAGGGGGAGAGAAAGGAAGAGGAGCAGGAAGCGGAAGAGAGGCAGGAGAGUGAAACAGCUGAGGUGGUGGAAGAGGAAGACCAUGAUUCGAACAAAGCAUCUCCCACAACCGUGGGUAUAGAAGUUCACUCUGAGGAAGAAGAGGAUUAUGAGGAAGAUGGUGAGGAAGAUGAGGAGGAGGGUGAGGAGCAGGAUCACUCUUCAGAGGGCUCAGGAGUGACAGAUGACUCAGAGAACUGGGAUAUGACACGAGGCAAUCUAGGGCUGCUGGAGAAGGCCAUCGCCAUGAAGGCAGAAGAGGUUCAGGGUACACAGAAGAGGCGCUCCCCAGACUACCAGCCCUACAACAGCCCCAGUGACAGGACUGCUGCCAGGGCCUCUGACCCCGUCACAGUGGCACGUCGCACUGGCAAUUACAGCAAAGACAAGAAAGAAGUCAAGUGUCCGACCCCGGGCUGCGAUGGAACGGGUCAUGUUACUGGACUUUAUCCCCACCACCGGAGCCUGUCUGGGUGUCCUCACAAAGACCGGAUCCCUCCUGAGAUCCUCGCCAUGCACGAGAACGUGCUGAAGUGUCCAACACCCGGGUGCACGGGCCAAGGCCAUGUCAACAGCAACCGCAAUACACAUCGCAGUCUGUCAGGCUGCCCCAUUGCAGCAGCAGCCAAGCUGAACAAGAACCAUGACAAGCAGACCCACUCCCAGGCCUCAGCCAGCGAGCCCUCCCCCGGAAACUCUGACCGAGUGCUCAGGCCCAUGUGCUUUGUGAAGCAGCUGGAGAUCCCUCAAUAUGGCAGCUACAGGCCCAACAUGGUGCCCGCCACGCCCCGGGCCAACCUGGCCAAGGAGCUGGAGAAGUACUCCAAGGUGUCCUUCGACUAUGCAAGCUUUGAUGUGCAGGUGUUUGGCAAGCGGAUGCUCAUCCCAAAGACCCCCAGCAGCAGUGAGACUUCACCCAAAGCCUUCAAAUCCAAGUCAUUCCCAAAGGCUUCAUCCCCCAGCCAUACUAUGUCAGGAGGCUUUGUCAAGAGCGGUUCCUCUGCUUCAUCUUCCAGUGGCUAUGACUACAGCCACGAUGCCGAGGCAGCUCACAUGGCUGCCACUGCCAUCCUCAACCUGUCCACAAGGUGCUGGGAGAGACCUGAGAAUCUCAGCACCAAACCAGGAGAGCCCAACCGCAAGGAGUCGGAUAUUGAAGUGGAUGAGAAUGGCACCUUGGAUCUGAGUAUGAAGAAAACCAAGAAGGAGGGCAUGCAGUCUCCAGAGCCCUCCUCCUCCUCCUCUACUUCUUCACAACCCACAGGAGGCUUGUCCUCUCAGGGCCAUGUGCAGGCAGAGUGGGAAGGCCCACUGGAUUUUACCAAACCAAGUGGCACCAAGGAGGAAGAUGAAGAUGAGAUGGAGUACGCAGCCCCCUCCUACACCUCGUCUGAUGCUGAGGAGGAGGAGGAGCUGCUGCAGGAGAAACUAGAGGACAGGAAGUACCCUGGUGAAGUCACAACUAGCAGUUUCAAGGUCAAGCUCCAGUCCAAAGAAGGCAAGAAAGAGGUUCUCAUAUGCCCCACCCCAGGCUGUGAUGGUAGUGGACACAUUACUGGCAACUAUGCAUCACAUCGCAGCCUGUCAGGCUGUCCUCUUGCUGAUAAAUCUCUCCGGACCCUCAUGGCUGCACACAGUGCUGAACUCAAGUGUCCAACUCCAGGCUGCGAUGGAUCAGGUCACAUCACUGGAAACUAUGCCUCUCACAGAAGUCUGUCCGGGUGCCCACGGGCCAAGAAGGGCCUCAAGUCAACACCCACCAAGGACGACAAGGAAGACUCAGAACUGUUAAGGUGUCCAGUGCCUGGCUGCGACAGCCUGGGCCACAUCAGUGGAAAGUAUGCCACCCACCGUAGUGCCUAUGGCUGCCCACUGGCAGCACGGCGCCAAAAAGAAGGUCUCCUUAAUGGCACACCCUUCUCUUGGAAAGCCUUUAAAACGGAGGGUCCCACCUGUCCCACACCAGGCUGUGAUGGUUCUGGUCAUGCCAAUGGAAGCUUCCUUACACACCGCAGCCUUUCAGGCUGUCCCAGAGCGUCGGCCAACAAGAAGAAAGCCAAGAUCCCUGGAGAUGAGUACACCACUGCCAAGUUUAAGGCCAGUGAUGUUCUGGAGAAUGAUGAGGACAUCAGGCAACUCAAUAAGGAGAUCAGUGAGCUGAAUGAGUCCAACUCAGAAAUGGAGGCAGACAUGAUGAACCUGCACACCCAGAUCUCUUCCAUGGAGAAGAACCUGAAGAGCAUAGAGGAAGAGAACAAACAGAUCGAAGAGAAAAACAAAGCUUUGUUUCUGGAACUUUCUGGCUUGAGUCAGGCCCUGAUCCACAGUCUGGCUAACAUCCGCCUGCCGACCAUGCAGGAGCCACUUUCAGAGCAGAACUUUGACAGCUACGUGGACACCUUGACACACAUGUUCACCAAUAAAGACUGCUACCAAAACCCGGAGAACAGGGCUCUGCUGGAGUCCAUCAACCAGGCAGUGAAGGGAAUUGAAGUCUGA